GCUACUCGCGGUUGAGUCAGCCUUAGUACCUCACUUGCUCUUCUCCCGGUCCCUGAAACUCGGCUGCCAAGAGAGCUGGGGCCACCCUACGAAGGUGUCCCCUCCAUACUGGACCCCUACAGGGCCUGGCCUGACCCCCCGUCUGCCCCCAGGGAGUCAUGUGUGCCCAGCCAGGGCACUGCCCCAGCUGAUGCCCCAGAGCGGCCACCCAUCUCAAGAAGGGCACUGGACCCCACCUCACCCCCUCAUGGAGCAUGAGCCAGAGCCCAAGGCCAAUGAGCUGUUGGACCUCAGCUUCCUGACGGAAGAGGAGCAGGACGCCAUUGCUGAAGUCCUGACGCGAGAUGCCCACCUGCGCCAGCUGGAGGAAGGGCGGGUCAGGAAGCUCCGGGCCUCGCUGGCAGACUCUGGGCAGCUGAAAAUCCUGACCGGGGACUGGUUCCAGGAAGCGCGCGCCCAACGGCACCACCAUGCCCACCUCGGCUCUGACCUUGUCCGAGCCUCUAUCCGCAGGAAGAAGAGCUCCAGGGACCAGGCUCUGGAUAGCACCACCGAGGCUGAGGCUGCGGGGCAAGAGACCGAAGAGGAGUUGGAGCCCGGGCCCCUCAUAGACCAGGCCCCCCAGGAGAAACUCAGUGAGGCUGAGGGACCUGAUUUCCCCUCACCAUAUGUCCCCCCAGAGGCUUCUGGUCAUGAAGAGGAGCCGCAGGCCCAGGAAGCCCCUGGCCCAGGGGACACACAGGUUUACGAGGAGCAGGCGGACCCGGAGCUGGAGCCGCCUUCUGGUGGAGAGGAGGAGCCGAAGCCCCGCCCAUCCCAGAUCCAGGCGAUGUCCGAGAUCCUGGAGAACGGGGAGGAGGCUCCGGAGCCCGGCCCCUCACUCGACCGCAUGCUCAGCAGCAGCUCCUCCGUGUCCAGCCUCAACUCCUCCACGCUGAGCGGCAGCCUGAUGAGCUUGUCAGGGGAGGUGGAGGCGGGUGUGCAGGUGCGCGGCUCCGUGCACUUCUCGCUGCGCUACGAGCCAGCCACCGCCGAGUUGCGGGUACACGUGAUCCAAUGCCAGAACCUCGCCGCCGCGCGGCGCCGCCGCUCGGACCCCUACGUCAAAAGCUACCUCCUCCCGGAUAAGCAGAGCAAACGCAAGACGACUGUGAAGAAACGGAAUCUGAACCCUGUCUUUAACGAGACUCUCCGGUACUCCGUCCCGCAGGCCGAGCUCCCGGGCCGCGUGCUGAGCCUGUCCGUGUGGCACCGCGAAAGCCUGGGUCGCAACCUGUUUCUGGGAGAAGUUGAAGUGCCCCUGGAUACGUGGGACUGGGACUCUGAGGCCAUCUGGCUCCCCCUGCAGCCCCGGGUCCUGCCCUCUCCUGACCACCUUCCCAGCCGUGGGUGGCUCUCUCUGUCCCUCAAGUACGUCCCUGCCGGCUCCGAGGGUGCAGGACUGCCUCCGAGCGGGGAGCUGCACUUCUGGGUGAAGGAAGCUCAGGACCUCCUGCCUCUUCGUUCAGGAUCUCUGGAUACUUACAUACAAUGCUCGGUGCUGCCUGACGACAGCCGGGCCAGCCGCCAACGGACGAGGGUGGUGCGAAGGAGCCUCAGCCCCGUGUUCAACCACACCAUGGUCUAUGAUGGCUUCGGGCCUGCUGACCUGCGCCAGGCCUGUGCGGAGCUCUCCCUCUGGGACCAUGGGGCCCUGGCCAGCCGCCAGCUGGGGGGCACACGCCUCAGCCUGGGCACUGGCAGCAGCUAUGGGCUCCAGGUGCCCUGGAUGGAUUCCACACCUGAGGAGAAGCAGCUGUGGCAGGCGCUCCUGGAGCGACCGUGCGAGUGGGUGGACGGCCUUCUGCCCCUCAGAACCAACCUGGCCCCCAGGACAUAGCUGCCUGACAGGCCUUACCGGACCCCUCUCUGGACCCACAUCUCAGGGCCUGCCCUUGGAGAAAGCCAAUAAAGUCUGUUCUA